AUGUGGCAUUGCACUGGCCGACUCCGUGGUGUUGCAUCUUACAUUCGUAGUGGUCAGAUCCAUCGAUUGUUUGACAUUUUGUACAAAUUGCCACGGACGCUUUUUGCUUUCGAAUGGAGCCACCGGGGUGUCAACAUCGGAGCUGGCAUCGACUCGUAUCCAUGCGGCUCCAGCGAUCAUCUUUGCAACCAUGAUGACCCCCUCGAAUUGUGGAUGCGGUCGCUAGCUCAUCAUGUUCUACUCGUUGAUGGGGAUAUGAAGAGGCUACAGCAUGCACUCACCAAGUUGCGUGAGGACUCGGCAGCGUCUCGCUUCUUUGCCUUGAACAAAGUGGCAACUCCAGUUGGUGUCGAUGCCGGAGAGCUAGAUGAUAUCCUCGUUGAGGCUUUCGAUGGUGCGGUGGACAUCAUUAAGAUCGACAUCGACUCCUAUGAUUGUGCCGUGCUGCUAUCAAUGCUCUUGAGAGUCGAAGCAGUCGCGAUCGUUCUUGAAUCACAACCUUUGGUGCCCCCUCCGUUCAAGUUUGCCAGAGCGUUUAGGUCUGAUGUCUCGAGCACGGACAGGGUGCUCAUUGUCGUACCAGGAACAUUGUUUCCAUGGACGCGGUAUCCGUUGCGCUUUCCGGUGGAUGAGUUCGACUGCUUCCUGCGCUCACGUUUCCUGCAUGCCAAUGCGGCUGACCGGAGCCUGGGCAAGGACCAAGCAAGAGGACAGCUUGUGGGCUGA